AUGAUUUCCCCAAAAGACACUUCGAACUACGGUACACUUGCCGGCCGCGGUCGAGAGAGGCAAGCGUUUUUAUCCACUGGCCUUACCAGAAGUGAUGGGUCCGUUGCAGUGGAGGUGGAGCUCGAAGAUCGUAUCGGCAUAGGGAUUAAGGGAGAGCUUCACACCUUGUUCAGUUGCGUCGGUGACGCUAAGCCCCUAUACGAGGAACUUGGCGGCGUUGAGGGUAUUGCCGAACGACUUGGCACGAGUAUAACAGAUGGCAUCGACUCUUUUUCUGUAGAGAAUCGGCGUGCUGUGUAUGGGAGGAAUGAGCUUCCUGAGGAGGCUCCGCUGACAUUCUGGAAGAUUUUUAAAGCUGCAUGGAGUGACCGCAUGAUCAUACUUUUGACCCUUGCCGCAUGUGUGUCGCUUAUCCUCGGGUUAACUGUGCCGGAACCCGGACACGAGAAGGUUGACUAUAAGACAGGUUGGAUAGAGGGCACCGCCAUUCUUAUGGCCGUGAUUGCAGUAACCUCAGCAUCGUCUAUUCAGGAUUACCGCAAGGAGUUGAAAUUCCGUGCUCUUGUGGAGGAGAACUCUGCUCAGCCAAUCUCCGUCAUUCGUGAUGGUCACAAGGUUACGGUGGAUGUGACAGAAAUUGUUGUGGGUGAUCUUGUGUCCUUGUCACCGGGUCUUGUUAUCCCUGUAGAUGGUUUAUACGUACGUGGUUUGAGUGUUGUUGUUGAUGAGUCGAGUGUGACUGGCGAGAAUGAUCUGAAAAAGAAAGGCGCCGAACAUCCAAUCUUACUUUCUGGGACUGUUGUGAGUACGGCUGAGGAUGCUUACAUUCUUGCGUGCGCCGUCGGUGAGUCUUCUUUUGGUGGAAAGCUGCUAAUGGAAUCUCGUCUCGACGGUGAACCGAGGGCGACUCCCUUGCAGGAGCGAUUGGACGAAUUAGCUGGGUUUAUUGGUCGGAUAGGAAUUGGAGCGGCAGUGAUACUUAUGUCUCUGCUUUCUUUGUUUUACAUCCUUCUCGUUCUUCGUGGUAAAGAAGAGUUACGCGCAAAAAAGUUUCUUGAUAUUUUUUUACUUUGUGUGACGAUUGUUGUCGUCGCAGUGCCAGAGGGCUUGCCGUUGGCGGUGACGAUUGCUCUUGCGUACUCACAGAGCCAGAUGCAGAAGGACAAUAAUCAGGUGAGGCGUUUGUGUGCUUGUGAGACAAUGGGCAAUGCAACACAGAUUUGUAGUGAUAAAACUGGGACGCUGACUCAGAAUCGUAUGACUGUGGUACAAGGUUACAUUGGGAUGCGGCGGUUCCGUGUCUCGAAUCCCGGAGAUCCCUCGUCCACGGUUAAUCUGGAGGGUGUGUCUAGUGAUGCACAGUCGUUACUAAUGCUUGGUCUUGCACUGAAUAGUUCGAGUGAGAAGGAGCUUUUACCAGGUAAUGUGGGAGCUGAGUCUGACUUACUGUCUCGAUGGACGUGGCGUACCGACAAGGGCAACAAAACUGACCAAGCGAUAUUGGAUUUUGUGGAUCGCGUGUUGAUAUCGGUACCGGGUAGUUGUAAUGACAAGGAGCUUCCACACCAGAAGUUACGCAUGACAAACCGCAGCCGUGGCUUUGCCAUCUUUCCUUUUACGAGCGAACGGAAGUUUAUGACUGCUGUGGUUGCAGGUGCGGAUGGAGUUGUGAUGCAGUACGUGAAAGGGGGCUCUGAUCGUGUGCUUGGCAUGUGCAACCGAUACUUGUCGUCAGAGGGUCGUGAGGAGCCGCUGACGGAGGAGGUAACUGAGAUGAUCACUGCGCAGAUACGGUCAAUAGCGGGGGACGCAAAUCGCACAAUCGGCGUGGCAUACGGGCGUAUCGGUACGGACGGUGCGGUUCCCGAGGAGGAACCCGAGGGACCAUUUGUGUGGCUUGCACUAUUAGGCAUCCAGGACCCGCUUCGUCCAGAGGUUGUGGAUGCUGUGCGAAUGUGCCAGCGUGCGGGAGUGACAGUGAGGAUGUGUACGGGUGACAAUCUCGACACAGCCGUUGCAAUUUCUCGGCAAUGUGGAAUUUACAAUCGACUGCGUGGUGAUCUUGCGCUCACUGGGAAGGACUUCCGCAACCUUGUGUAUGACACUUAUGGUGACGAGGCGAACAUGGAGAAGUUCUGGCCUGUUCUUGACCGGAUGAUGGUGAUGGGGCGUUCGCAGCCUCUGGACAAGCAACUGCUCGUACUGAUGCUGAUGCUCCGUGGUGAGGUCGUUGCUGUGACUGGUGAUGGGACAAAUGACGCCCCUGCGCUGCGUCUUGCAAAUGUGGGUUUUGUGAUGCGCAGUGGCACGGAUAUAGCGGUGAAGUCCGGUGAUAUUGUGCUUUUAGACGACAACUUCCGUUCUGUCCAGCGUGCCGUUGUUUGGGGACGGACUGUGAAUGACAACAUCCGCAAGUUCCUGCAGUUACAACUUUCUAUUAAUAUUGCUUCUAUUGUUGUUGUUUUUGUUGGUUCUUUUUUGUCUGCUCAUGAUAUGUCACCGUUAACGACUGUACAGCUGUUAUGGGUAAAUCUUCUUAUGGACACACUUGCGGCCCUCGCUCUCGCAACGGAGCAACCGACAGAGGAUUGCUUAAAUCGUGGUCCGUCUUCCCCCCGAGCUCCCCUUGUCUCACGUCGAAUGUGGUUGACAAUACUGACUGCUACUGUAGUUCAGGUUGUUAGCGUUCUUUUAUUAACCCAAUAUGGUGGUAAGUGGUUAAAGGCGAAGGGGAAGGAACUUCCAACUGUUGUUUUUAACGUUUUUAUUUUCUUUACCAUAUUUAAUAUGUUUAAUGCCCGCAAAGUGUAUGAUGAAGUUAAUGUAUUUGAAGGGCUUUUUAUUCGUUCAAAGUCAUUUUUGGUUAUCGUGGUUUGUUGUGUGGGUUUUCAGGUUUUGGCCGUGGAGGUCUUAAAAGAGUUUAUGUCGUGUGUACCGUUGAGAGCAGAACAGUGGAUUGCAUCGAUUCUGAUUGCAUCGCUGACACUUGUAUUUGUUUCUGUUUCCCGCCUGAUUCCGGUGUCGGAACCCUCAUUUGAAAAGGGUGCUGAACUGGAGGACAUGGAACCGGGGGCGCGUCGCAUUGCCGUGAAGUUAGCUGAGGAUGUUGAGCAUCAUUCUUCUGCUUCGAAUAAUGUGGGAAGUUAUAUGCGUUUUGGACAGCGCCUGGUGGCGAGGGCACAAUGGCAGAGGGUGAGAGAACAUGUAACAAUGCGGGGCGUUAGCCAGUUUUGGUGGUCGAGGCAUAGUCAUCCUCGGGAGCGAGGAUGGAGACGUAUGAGCGCUUGGUGCGAGGAACGUAUUAGAUGA